CCAGGCUGCCUCAGCCUGGGGCUCCGGAUCCGGAGCUUCCUGGCACUAUGCUCCAGAUGAUACUCUAAGAUCUAGUAUUAUUAACAUCAUCAUGAACCGAAAGAAGCUGCAGAAGUUGACGGACACCUUAACCAAAAGUGGCAAGCACUUUAAUAAAUUUGAAGUGAAAUGUCUUAUAACACUUUUCUAUAAUUUGGUGGGAGACGUAGCAGAGAGGCCAGGAGUAGUCACUGGACUAGAUCGUAAUGUAUUUCGGAACAUCUUGCAUGUGACAUUUGGUAUGACAGAUGACAUGAUUAUGGACAGAGUAUUUCGAGGCUUCGAUAAAGACAAUGAUGGCUGUAUAAGUGUAUCAGAGUGGAUUCAUGGAUUAUCACUGUUUCUUCGAGGGACUUUAGAUGAAAAAAUGAAAUAUUGCUUUGAAGUGUUUGAUCUGAAUGGUGAUGGCUUCAUUUCAAAGGAGGAGAUGUUUCACAUGCUGAAGAACAGCCUUCUCAAGCAGCCCUCCGAGGAGGACCCUGAUGAAGGCAUUAAAGAUUUGGUCGAAAUUACACUUAAGAAAAUGGACCAUGACCAUGAUGGGAAGCUGUCUUUUGCAGACUAUGAAAAGGCCGUGAGAGAAGAGACUCUCCUGCUGGAAGCCUUUGGGCCAUGCCUGCCUGAUCCAAAGAGCCAGAUGGAAUUUGAAGCCCAAGUUUUCAAAGAUCCACAUGAAUUUAAUGAUAUGUGAUCCCUAAAUGUAUUGCUGUCAAUGCAAAAGGAGCCACCUUAAGUUCAUCUGUUCCUCUUAGCUCAGAAGAUGCCACGGUGAGAUUCACUUCACUUGUAUGUAUUUCAGUUCAGGAUGUCCUCAGAGAUGCUGGCUUUGACAAGAGAGGUUGACAUUGUUAAAGAUAUUUCACAACAUGAACUCUGUUAAGACACAUACCUGUCAUGAAUCUUCAGAUUAAUCAAAGUGAUUAACAAAUUAUAUAGUCAUCACUUAUGAAUACAAUCUAUAUGUUGGAAAGAGCUUGAUUAUACAUUGAAAUUUUGUUGAAGCUACAGUUUCCUUCAUAGCAAUAAGUGAUGAAGAUAGUAACAACAACAAAAAAAAAAUAAGAAUAUGCCAGGUACUGGGGACUACACAGCAAGAUGAAGGACACAUGGGGACUAUUUUAUAUGCUUUCUUCUGUUAUGUGAGACUUUGCUUCAACAGCUCAUAAACAUUGGAGGGAAAGAUGUGUCAUACACACUUUCAUAGCCACCAUAGCAGUUAGCCUUCUGCAUAUAACUGGCCCUCAAUUAAUAUUUCAGAUUAGAUUUAAAGACAGAAAACUGCCACGUGAUUACCCUCUAUCCAUGAUAUAAGUCUUCCCCAUUUCAUGAAUUAAUUUAGUUAAUCUCUGGAGGCAUGUCUGCCCUGUGCAUUGCAGUCAGAAGCCAAGGCCGAUUAUGCUCUGGCUUCUAGUGUCAUGCCUCUCUCUUUGCUAUCAUGGUUUCACCAUUACCAUAUGUAAUAUAAUGAUAUGGCUCCACACCGUCUGAUGUCCAGUAUAUAACCUAUUAUCGGGAAUCAUAUCACAUGGUAUAAUAACGGAGUUGGCCAAUUAUGUCAAUCCAAAAACUCCACCGGGUGCUGUGGGCAUCAUUUGGCAAUGAAAGGGUACCCUCCCCCACCUGAGGUCUCUGUGAGCUCUCUAUUACAUUGUUGUAGUCACAGGAGAGCAAUUGAGAGGAUGAACUAUGCGGUACCUUCACCUGAUGUGUACAUGCUCUAGAGAACACAUGAAAAAGCAAACCCACUUCCUUGUUAUAUAUGCAUUAUUAAGUUUAUGCAAAGUUUAUAUUGUAUACAACAAUUGGCUGCUACUAAUAUCUGGAACAAGCAAUUCUAUAAAAUAAACUGACUUAUAUAAGGCACUUUUAAGAGUAGUUUCUCUAUGACAGUUAUAAAUAAUAAAACACAGUAUUUAUAUUUCUAGCUUCAUUGGGAAAUGUCAACGAAAACAGUGUGUA